CCCUGGGUAGAUCUCGCGCACAUCACGCUAACUCAACCUCUUCAUCCGGCAGUCGCCGAACGCACUCGUUUCAAUUUCAUGAAUCAGCCCGCUUCCCUACACGUCGAAGAUGAAGCAGAUUCAGUUUAUGAUUAUCGAUCAAUUGCUCAUCUCAGGCAAGCCGCAACAUCGGGAAGCUUUGAAGGCCGCAAACGAUUCCGUGAAAUUGUCAACAGCAACUAUACUACACCAACUACAGUAGACGGAGUAGAAGCAAUUGCAGACACGUGUUACUCAGUCAACGUCAAGGGAGUGAAACUUUCUGGCUCUUCGGUAGGAGCGACUGCUUAUUGUGUAAUUGUUGGCGAUAAGAAGAGAACAGAUUCUAUCGAUCUGAUCGGAGUGAUUGGGUCAGGAUGUGGAGGGGAGACUAUUGGCACGUCCUGUGAAAUUGGCAACGUUAUUGCCAUCAAAAUCUCCUACACUUCUCACGAAAAUGCUGCAUGCUACAUUGACAAGAUGAUCGUCGAAAAAGAUGGAGAUACAUUCGAAUUUCCUUGCUACCAGUGGAUUCAGGGAGAAACCACAAUCAAGACUGGACGAGCAACCUUUGCUCAGCAAGACAAUGGCCAAGUUAGAGCAUCACGUACUGUCGAGUUGCACAAAUGGCGUAGCUUGCUAAGCUGGAAGAAGUUGCCAACACAGCCAUCAACCGUCAACAUAGAUCAGAUCGGUCAACUUCCUAUCCAACUUCAACUGAGUGAGAAACAGCACCGUCUCAUGUCUGACCCUCUCAAGGCAGGCAGUGACUGUCUCAUGCUGCAUCCAUUCUUGGGAGUAAACAAGACAGCUAGCAAACUAACUGACUACAGGCAGUUGUUGCGUGUACAGAUCAACGGUGGGCCGAUUGUUGCUGAUGUUUGGCAAGAUGAUCAUGAAUUUGGUCGACAAUUUUUGCAAGGCAUUAACCCAUUGCUCGUCAAACGUGUGGGAACACAAGGAUUGCCAGAAAUGUUUUCGGUCACUGACUUUACUGUCCGUGGAUCACUAGGACGAGGAGUAACUUUACAACAAGAGAUUCAGGCUGGUCAUGUUUACAUGGUUGACUACAGUGUGCUAGAUGGUAUUACUACUCAGCUCAGGACCUACACAGCUCCAGCCAUGGGUCUGUUUCUAGUGACAGCGGCUGGAGAAUUUACUCCAAUUGCCAUUCAAUUGAGCUACGGACCAACUGCUGAUACACCUAUAUUCACUCCACAAGACAACUCAAAUGAUUGGCUCUAUGCAAAGAUUUUUCUUAAAAAUGCAGAUGUUCAAUAUCAUCAAGUGAUUUCUCGUCUAUUCUUGACUCAUUUUGUCCUCGAACCAAUGGCAAUAUCAAUGUAUCAUAACUUGGCUUCCUGUCAUCCUGUCUUCAAGCUGUUACAGCCGUGUGUUCGAACCACCAUCAGCGUGUGUAAACUGACUCGUGAACACCUCAUUGACAAAGACGGACCGCUUGGCAAGCUGCUGUCCGUCGGUACAGAAGGAAUAGAUGAGCUACUGAAAAAGGCUUACAAACAAUUUGAUUUCCGUGACCUGGUGUUGCCCGUUGCUCUCACUCAGCGAGGAGUGAUUGAUACUCAAAAGCUACCCAACUACCACUAUCGCGACGAUGGUCUCAUGCUGUGGCACGCCACCAAGUCCUUUGUCGAGGAGAUCAUCUCUGUAUGUUACAAUUGUGAUGACGACGUCAGGCGUGAUGAAGAGCUGCAAUCCUUUAUUGAAGAGCUCAACAACUCCGGUCUGCCUUUCGACUCCGGCAACGGCGAGAAAAAGCACGGCAUUCCUACCUUUAUUGGAGGUAUAAACGAGCUCGUCACCAUCGUGACGGCCAUCAUGUUUGCUGCUACCACGCAACAAGCCGCUCUCAACAACGGGCAAGUUGAUUACAUUGGCUUCUGUCCAAACGCGCCAAUGUCUCUACGCCGUCCACCUCCUAAAGCUAAAGGUCGCAUAGAUAUAAAAGCCAUUCUGUGCGCCUUGCCUGAUAUCAAUGCUGCAGCUACACAAGCCGCCAUCGCCUUUACAUUAAGUCAAAUUGGAAAAGACGAGGGCUGUCUUGGUCAGUAUCCCGAAGGAUACUUUGGCGAUGUUGCGUCCAAUCGCGCCGUCGUGAAUUUUCAGCGCCGACUGCGUGAUAUCGAGAGGCAAAUCAGGGAGAGAAACAAGACGGUGGAGGUUCCGUACACGUAUCUGCUGCCGAGCAAGAUUCCAAUGUGCAUGGCCAUGUAGUGGACCGGACAAUGGCUGCUGGUCGGCCGAUGGAUCUAUGGCUUUAGUCUUGCUAAUUGUUUUGUUUGUGUUGAGAUGACAUUGCACACAGUAUUAUUCAUCAGGCAUUAGAAAAUUUCACAUUAGUGGUGAAUAUGCACUCUAUAAAAGCUACGACUGCAAACUGAGUGUUUGUACUCUGCUAUAAAUAGUAUAGUUUCACGAGUAUACCUUUCAUCCAG